GCAGUAGUCCGCGUCGGAAAUCGAAGCCAACGCGCAGUCGGUGUCUAGGGCGCGCGCAACCAUAUUCUCCAUCCGCGAGCGAGGCGACAAAGGGAGUGCAUCAAUAAGCCAGCAGACGCGAUGACGCCGGACGAUCCCUAUUUCGUCAUCAAGGAAGAGGUGAACACAGCGCUGGCCAAAGCACGCAACCUAUUCCAACGCUGGGUACAACUCAAUCAAAAUGUGGCUUCGGGAGUGGUGAACAUGCCUCAAUAUACUCUCACUGGAUCCGUGUUGCCAACGAUGAAUAGCCUCGAAGAGCUGCAAUGGACCACCAACGAACUAAAAAAUGCACUUCGGUCUCUCGAGUGGGAUCUUGAAGAUCUCGACGACUGCAUCAAUAUCCUUUUCAAAAACCCAAACAAAUUCAAAGUAGACAGCAGAGACAUUUCAAUGAGGCGGGGCUUCCUGACGGUGACGAGUGCUGAAGUGAAGGUCAUGAGAGACAAACUAAACAUAAGCAGGGGAAGAGAUUGCAAUAGAACAGCCUGCCAGCCUACCAGCGACAAUUCACGACAGGAAACAGCGGCAUCAGUCAGUCACGGUAGCAGCGGCUCGGCUAAAUACAGCAAAUUGGAAAACGAGACGGACAGUCCGAAUAGGCGGCCGAUAUGCAAUCAAAAUGAAAUGAUGCAAGAGCCCAACGACAGGCUAGACAUGGCCAACGACAAUAAGUUGAACUUUGAGUUUGACGCGAGGCAAGUAAUGCUCGACGACUGCGGCAACGAGAUGGAGAUAAUAACAACGUCGAGGCUGGACGCCACAAUGAAAAAGAUGGCGAAGGUUUUGCACAUGAACAACGGCAACUACGACAAUUACGUGCCCGCGGCCAACACCGAGUUCGCGGCGCCGAAACCGUCCUACAUGUCUUUGUGCUCUAUCGCGAGAGCCAUUAGCAAUUGUUUUAUAUGCAACCGAAAUUAGUUCUCACCGGCAAGCAAUGAUACGCGAAACGAGCCUCGCCGCGGAGAUAUUUCAACUUCGUCAAUCGACACAGAAAAUAAUCUUUUUACUUUUCUCGAAGAGCAAACAAAGAGAGAGAGGCAGGGCAACAGGCGUGUGUCGUUAAAAUAGUACAAAAUAGAGGUCCCUCGUUCAACUGAUUUUUUAAGACUUUGGAAACAGUCCGUCUACGACCGCGUCUAUUAUAUAUAGAGGCACAAGACAACUAACAUUCGUCCAAAAAUUUUUCCACUUUAUUUUCUUGACAAAUGAACUUCGUCAUGGAUUUCGAGCCUGACGGACUUUUAGUUUCGUUUUCAAGUCAACGCCCAAUGAGAACUUUAUAAAAAUGUCAAUAGCCAAACUAUAGAUUAAUAGUCGAGCGGAAUUAAGAGACAGUCGAAAGCUUCGGGGAUGAAAAAUCAUCAAACUUUUCAUUUUUACUAACACGAAAUACAAACAUUUUUCUAUAAUCUUCAAAUUAUCCAAUAUACUCAAUACGUUUUAAUAUUAAUCCUUUAUUGAUACAAAACUAUCGGUUAAGCUGCGAUAGUCUCUUUCCAAAAUUAUAUACAAUCAAGAGAAAAAGCUAAAAAUGAUAUAUUUUGCAGGAAAGAACGAAGUAGAUGAUGGUCACGAUUACUUAUCCUCAACGUAUACCUACAGAUCGAGCAGUUUUCACUCGUUUUCUGAGACUCAAUAAUUUUAUGGUGAAAAGAGAAAACAUUUAUUGAUCAUAGUAAUAUUGCCUAAAUAAUAGCCAACUACUUGAAAUAAACGAAAAAAAAAAAUAAUAUUAGCAUAUAGCAGCAGCAUCGAUAUAUUUCUUAGUACUGUGUCAUAUGCCAAAAUAUAUUGUCCAAUGUAUGCCAAAAAAGGAAGAAGAGGCAGAAACAAAGCGAAUUUGCACAAUGAAUCAACGUGCAUAUGUAUUUAAUCACAUCUCAAAACGACAUACUUUUUUUCGAAGCAAUGCCAUAGACGACGCCAAAGAAUAACGAAAAUCAAUAUCUUGUGAUUUUUAACGAAAUACUUUUUUCUACAUACUUUUGCUGGCUAUGCAGAAUUGAUCAAUGUACGCCUAGAAGAGAGUAAGGAAAAUACAAAUGAAGAUCAAGGCGGCUGUUUCUUUUUUUUUUUUUUGGAACGAACAUGAUGAACACGAAACCAUGUGAAAUGCUUUUGUGUAUGACGUUUGACUAUUAAAAUGGAAUAACACUGUUCCGGAAAAAAAAGAAAAUAUAUAUUAACACAUAACGUAAAACAUGGUUGUUGAGAUACUAGGAGUUAAGAUGUUAAGCCUAAGAGUUAGGAAAGCCAUUAUUUUGUGACUGUUGUUAAGAUGUAAAUGGUGUUUAUUUUUCGAUUGUCACGCAAACGUUUGACAGACACAACAAUUCAUCGUUUUCUUUUGUCCUUAUACGAAAUGCCUUUACGGUACUUAAUUAAUCUUUGUUAUGAUUGCUCUUCAAUACUGUGUUCUCAAUUUAGCGCAACGUAAAAAAUGUUUUUUUACGAUCUUUUUUGAUUGCUCUAGUCAUAACAAACAAUUAGCAAUUCUAAAUUAUUAUGAUUACUGCAUUAGCGUAAUAAGCAUUAUUUGUAUACAUAUCGAUGAAUAAUACUUAAUUUGACGAAGUAUAGCUUUAGAACUACUGCUGUAAGUAGCUAGUCAGUGAUACAAUUAUUUACUGUAAUAGGUAGCUCGUUAGAAAUGAAUAUUUUUCACGUACUUUAGUUUAACAAUGGAAGUGUUCUCCAUAGGAAUAAUUAGCAAUUCUCAUAACAUUCAAUAAAAUCGCUAGUUUAAGCUAUUUCCCAAAAUAAGCUUGAAACAUUUUUUUGUAUUUUUGUUGAAUUAUUAUACAUUAAAUUUAUUAUCAAUUAUGUGUAUUGACCUAAAUUAUGCCUUCAUUCCUCCAAUGCAAAUUUUUCUGUAUAACGACUCAAAAUAUUUCAUUUUACCACCGAUCGGAAAGAAGCCAAGAGUUAUUGAAAGGGCGAGAAACGGUUUUCAUUGCAUUAUUAUUCAAGUGUAGAUUUCAACGUCUUAGAGUAGAAUAAUGUGUUUAGCUGAGUAAAAAAGUUGUAUGCAUUUUACAAUGUAUACUUCUGAAUGAAAUAAAAUAUUUAUAGGAAUAAUUUAACAAUUGAUGCAUGUCGUGUUUACUUGUACUUGUAGUUUAGAUAUUCAAAAGAGAGAUUUUAUUAUUGUUUUAUUUAAUUAUUAUUUUGCUAGCUUAGUCUAGUCAUUAUUUCAUCAAUACGCAAUAUAGAUGCAUUGCAAUCGAAUCCAACUCAACAAAUAAUCAAAGUAAAUUUCAUACACGAAUGUAUUAAAUUUAUAAGCUUUUUUUGGACUUAUUGUUCGAGUAAUUGCUACUAAUAUAAUAUUUUUAUAAAGUUUUCCACCUCCCCUUUUUAAUCAUACUUCAAAGAAAAGAAAUAAAGCUACAUCUACUUUGAAAGGAUAGAAAGGGUAGAUAAAAAGCAAUGAAAAAACGUCCUUCCUAAUUAAAUUACUUUAUUUCUCGAAUUAUAUUUCUUCGUUCUACAUUUUGUACUAGGCUAAUUGGUAUAAAAUAGUAAAAUAGUUGAAUACAAUAUUGCAAUAUAAAAAAAUUAUAAAUGUUAGAAAAAAAUGGUUGCUGUGCUUGAGACGUAUUUGUAAAGACUGAUAUAAAUCAAAGCUCUAAAAAAUCCAAGGCAACAUUAUAUUAUAUUGGUGCACACAAAGUGUGGCAUUUCAAAAUGCAGUGUAUAAAUUUAUCUGUUAUAUACUUUGUCUAUUUUUAAAAAUCGCAUGAUAAAAAGAAAAGAAAGAUCUUUGGUAUGAUACUUAAAAUAUUGCAAUUGUUCGCACCGUUCGUUUAUAAAAGAAAUUGCGCGACGUUUAAAUAAGCUUUCUGGAAUUACAUUAAAAAAAGAAGCAGCGGAUGUUUUUCUUUUCAUUAAAGUUACACUUAAAAUAUAGAACAAUCAUCUAGUGGAUAUAAUGUACAUGAAAUAAAUCAUCCCGCAGUCAGUUUUACAAUCAAUUACUCUCAUUUACUCGUUUGUUUGUCCUCUAACUACUUGUACACGUAAAAAAGAGAAAAGUAUGUUAUCUAAUGACAUUUGAUCGAUAGAUAAUAUCGAUUUAUAAAGGCACCCUAGAAUUACUAAAUGCUAUCGCAUAAGAAUGACACGUUUGGAUUUCGCGAAAAAGUUAUAAAUAAAAACACAAGAGAGACAAAACUACUUGAAAUCAGACGAGAGGAUUUAAAUAAACACAAAACAUGCUUCGUCCCCGUAAGAAGAAGAAGAAGAAACAGGAAAAGAAGAAGAGGAUGAAGGAUAUUAUGCCGUGUGAGCGUAGGGGCACACACAAAAGCAGACACACAGAGACAUACCGUUAAGCCUCCCUUUAAGUAUCGAAUGGCACGCAAUAAAGAUGACACGAUGCGGGUUGU